AGCUACAUCAUCUGGUGGUAGAGACUACAAGUUACCAGUUUAGUUUAUGUAACGAAGGUCCCUUUCUAAAAACAUAUAGUUGGAAAGUAUUUGUGGGAUGUAGAAACCGAAAAAGAAGGUGGAAAGGGACAAGAUAGUUGCAAGAGCAUUGAACCAAAGCAAACAGCUCUUUCUCCACCUUUUGUCUAUCCAGCCUCUUUAAAGUAAACCCAUUAAAACCCACUCACGCUCCUCUCCAAGUAGUAGUAGUAAGUAAGAACAGAUGUCAAACAACACUUCCCAUGUUCCUCCCAUGCCCCUCUCUCAUCACUUCAGCGACUAUGGCUUCGAUCCCCAGAUCGACUACUUUCAGGUUCUGGAAGAAGCGAGGAAGCACAAGAAAGAGACUUCCUCCAUUGACAGUAUGCAUCAGUUCAAGCUCCAGAAGCCUAUAUCCAAGGACGACCUGAUCCGAACCGCUCUCCACAAGAAGAAGAAGCGCUGGUUCUUGAAAAACGCUAUGCUCUUCUUCAACUGGCGGAAAUGGCGAAGGCGAGACGGUCAUUACGCAGGGGAAGGAGACGUGGAGAUGGAACUCGACGUUCACAUGGCCAGGGCUAGGAACUUUCGCGCGUCAUCAGUCGGAACCGGUUCGAUAUCUGGUCCGGUUUACGUGACGGAGAGCUGGAGCGGUUCGAGCACACCGUACCGAACGAUAAGACCUUCUUCGCUGACGUCGACGCCAGCUGCUGUUCCGUAUAUGAGUCUACGGGAGCUUAACAUGGAGCGGCAACAGAGGAGCAACGCAUCUUCUUCUAGGUCGGGUCCUCUUUAUUUGGUCACGUGAUUUAUACAUUAUCGGGAUGGACGAAAAUGAAAUAAAGUUUUAAGUUACAUAUUUGGGUGGGAUGUGUGGGUUAUUUAGUUUAUAAGAAAAAAAAUGCAAGGUUUUAUUUUUUGUUUGGGGUCCAUCUGGCCCUAUUGAUUGAUAAAUCCAUUACAUAAAUUAAGGAUGUGUGCCUUGGCCGUGGGGGCAGCUAAAAAAGAACGUCGUAAUUUAUAGUUUGAUAUUUAAUAUGAUGCUGUCAAAUUUGUACUCA